UUCUUUUAGGAAACAAAAAAAACAAAGCUACCUUGUAAUAAGUGAAAUUAUAAAAUCAGGGUAUACAGAGAAAAAGCCGCUCUCUCUUCCUCCUUCCCUCGUUCGCUCUCUUCCACUCUCCUCUAUAUCCUACACAGCUCUCUUUCUCUCUCUCUCUGCAUCUCCAAGAAUUCUGAUCCGAACCUCAUUAUUGUUUGCAUCCCAGGCAAAAUAUUCAGAAUCCUGUUUUAGGACAGAACAGAGACUGUUGACUUUUAGAGAUUUGAUAAAGAGGAGGUUAAGAAUUUCGAGAAAAACAGAAAAUGAAUCACGUACCUUCUGAUCAGAGUUUUUACAUUGAGAGCGAGGAUGAAGAGGAAAGAAAAGAUUACGAAGAAGAAGAAGAUGGUCAAAGCCAUUCUGAUUCCUCUGAUGCUGAUAAUGAAAACCAGACGCAGACUAAGCCAAACUCAUACACCACGGCUUGGCCACAGAGUUACAGGCAGUCGAUUGAUCUUUACAGUAGUGUACCGUCUCCAAAUAUUGGUUUUCUUGGUAAUAAUUCGAUGACGAGAUUCGGAAGCUCUUUCUUAUCCUCUUCACUGAUAAGAAGACACACUCCAGAGUCGUUACCUGCGGUUACAAAACCUCUGCUAUCACCACAGGCAGAUGAACAACCACCACCACCACCACCAAAACACAGACUUAGCUCUCAUGGCUUGCUCUCUCCUGUUCCUUCGAGGAGAAGUUCAAUGCGAAAGGACGAGAAAGCAACCAUGGUGUCUCAUGAAAUUCCAUUGUCCAGCAAUAGCUCAUACGGACAAGCUGUUCUAAAUGGAUUGAACGUUCUGUGUGGUGUUGGUAUACUUUCAACGCCUUACGCUGCCAAAGAAGGAGGAUGGUUGGGGCUAAUGAUACUAUUUAUAUAUGGUCUUCUUUCUUUCUACACUGGAAUCCUCUUGCGUUACUGUCUCGAUAGUGAGUCUGACCUCGAGACUUAUCCCGACAUUGGCCAAGCUGCGUUUGGUACCACCGGACGUAUCUUUGUCUCGAUAGUACUCUAUUUGGAGCUAUACGCGUGCUGUGUGGAAUAUAUAAUAUUGGAGAGUGAUAAUUUGUCUUCAUUAUUUCCAAAUGCUGCCUUAAGUAUUGGAGGACUUGAUUUAGAUGCGCGACAUCUAUUUGCUUUGCUAACCACUCUCGCUGUUCUCCCCACCGUUUGGCUCAGAGAUCUCAGCGUACUAAGUUAUAUCUCAGCUGGAGGGGUGAUUGCAUCGGUGCUAGUGGUUUUGUGUUUGUUUUGGAUUGGUUUGGUAGAUGAAGUUGGAAUUCACAGCAGAGGAACUACACUAAAUUUGUCAACUUUACCUGUAGCUAUAGGACUCUACGGUUACUGCUACUCAGGACAUGCUGUUUUUCCCAAUAUCUAUACUUCUAUGGCCAAACCAACUCAGUAUCCUGCUGUUCUAGUAACAUGUUUUGGUAUUUGUACUCUUAUGUACGCGGGCGUUGCUGUUAUGGGUUAUACGAUGUUUGGUGAAUCAACACAAUCGCAGUUUACUCUCAACUUGCCUCAGGAUUUGGUUGCAACCAAGAUUGCUGUGUGGACUACGGUGGUCAAUCCAUUUACCAAAUAUGCUUUGACCAUAUCUCCAGUAGCUCUGAGUCUUGAGGAAUUGAUACCAUCAAGGCAUAACAAGUCACAUUGGUACGCCAUUGCCAUUAGAACUGCAUUGGUCUUCUCUACUCUGCUUGUUGGUCUUUCAAUUCCCUUCUUUGGCCUUGUCAUGUCAUUGAUUGGAUCAUUGUUGACAAUGCUCGUCACGCUAAUACUUCCACCAGCGUGUUUCUUGAGCAUCUUACGGAGAAAAGUAACCAGGACGCAGAUGAUGCUGUGUGUCUUAAUCAUCAUAGUAGGAGCAAUAUCUUCAGUCAUUGGCUCAUAUUCAGCUCUCUCCAAGAUCGUUGAGAAAUUGAGCAGCUGAACAUAAAUCUCUUUUCUUUUUUUAUACAAAAUCUUAUACCCAUUUUUGUCUUCUGGGGAAUACUUGUUAUUUUUUUUUCUUUGGUCGUCUUUUAAAUUCAUAUAUAUAGCAAGAUUCUUGCAUUUACAGUCCUUGUAAUACUAUGAGUGGUUUGACUGGUCUGAAACAAAUACGUUGAUAAUGUAUUUGAUCAAUAAAGAUGGGUGUUACAAACUA